AUGCAGCAGGAGCAGCAGCAGGAGCAGCAGCAGGAGGAACAGCAGGAGCAGCAGCAGGAGGAACAGCAGGAGGAACAGCAGGAGCAGCAGCAGGAGCAGCAGCAGGAGCAACAGCAGGAGGAACAGCAGGAGCAGCAGCAGGAGCAGCAGCAGGAGCAACAGCAGGAGGAACAGCAGGAGCAGCAGCAGGAGCAGCAGCAGGAGCAGCAGCAGGAGCAGCAGCAGCAGGAGCAGCAGCAGGAGCAACAGCAGGAGGAACAGCAGGAGCAGCAGCAGGAGCAGCAGCAGGAGGAACAGCAGGAGCAGCAGCAGGAGCAGCAGCAGGAGGAACAGCAGGAGGAACAGCAGGAGCAGCAGCAGGAGCAGCAGCAGGAGCAGCAGCAGGAGCAGCAGCAGCAGGAGCAGCAGCAGGAGCAACAGCAGGAGCAACAGCAGGAGCAGCAGCAGGAGCAGCAGCAGGAGCAGCAGCAGCAGGAGCAGCAGCAGGAGCAACAGCAGGAGCAACAGCAGGAGCAGCAGCAGGAGCAACAGCAGGAGCAGCAGCAGGAGCAACAGCAGGAGCAGCAGCAGGAGGAACAGCAGGAGCAACAGCAGGAGGAACAGCAGCAGGAGCAGCAGCAGGAGCAACAGCAGGAGCAGCAGCAGGAGGAACAGCAGGAGCAACAGCAGGAGGAACAGCAGGUGCAGCAGCAGGAGCAGCAGCAGCAGGAGCAGCAGCAGGAGCAGCAGCAGGAGGAACAGCAGGAGCAGCAGGAGCAGCAGCAGGAGCAGCACCUGAACCACGCUGACUAA